AUCAUUUGAUAUCGAGGGCUUUAAAGUGUAUUCGUCUGCCCUAACGCUUGGCUUGCUUGUCUGAGGAAAUAGAUUUUAGAAGUCAUUUUGUCAUUGUUGAUUUGCGUGGUAAAUUCCACUUAAUAUAAGAAAAAAUGGAUAGAAGUUUGGACGAACUCAUUAAAGAAAACCCGAAAAAAUUCAGCCUCAACAAAGGCAGAUAUCAGCCAAGGCCUAAUAAAAAUGCCGGUAACGCCCCAGGAGUUCAAAGAGGAGGUGUUCGAAAUAAUCAGAAAAAGAAAAAUACAAAUGCACUGCCAGGUGUGGUCAAAAAUGGAGGAGGCCGAGUCACCAAGCAAGGCGGUAGACAGAACAACACUGGUGGAAAACUUGUUUUUAAGGGAAAUGCUAACAAGCCCAAUUUAAAAACCGCCAAGAAAGGUGUUGUUGUUGACGCCAGAAAUAAGCUGUUGGCCAAUAAUAGGCUCAAGAUCACUGAUGCAAGAGACCGCUUGGCUGCAAUGGCCAAAAAAACUGACCUCCGUCAGAAACUUGCUUCCAAGAAACCAGAACUUUCGAGGAAACCAACUGGAUUGAACACAAGACCAAAUCAAGGAAUCAAGAAGUUGAUCCGAGAAGUGGGGAGAUCUCCUCUCACCAGGACAACUAUUGGCAGAACAGUAGAAAAUGAGCUAGCUAGAUUGAAUGUUGGACCAGUUGCUUCCCAUUACAUGCCACCAAGAUAUGAUCUCCUGCCCCCACCCAACUUUUACCCAUACCACCAGCAGCCACCCAGUUAUGACCUUACACACAGCAUGAGUACUGCAGCAAUGGACUGUGAACCUCCUUUGUCAGCAACCAAGCGAAUCCUAGCCACAGAAAAGCGACUUGGACCAAGAACUGAGGUGAAGAUGAAACCCGAGACGGGGCACAGGAUUUACGUCAGCAAUCUUCAUCCUAAAGUGACGCAAGAAGACAUCGUGGAACUCUUUGGUGACGUGGGGUCGCUAGUAAGAGCUUCGCUUCAACGACCUGGCGUUGCUGAGGUCGUUUAUGUUCGUCGUGACGAUGCCCUGCGAGCUGUUGAUGUCUACCACAACCGACAACUGGAUGGACUGCCUAUGCACUGCAGCAUGGGAGUCGUUUAUGAACCUAGACGAGAGGCACCUCCUUCACCGUUGAAGCCAAGAGCUCCGCUAAGCACUGGCAAAUCCCAUAUUGCGCCAGAUAUUGGAACCAUUCACAAGGCGCUGUUUAACAAGGCUACUUCUCGCAACUCACAGAUAUUCACCGUUACUCUACCAAAGAAAGACACGUGAAUGCAUUAACUGAAGGUGAACGGGGUUCUGGUUGACCCACUACCCUGAAGUUCUUGUUUUUUGUCGUGACAAUUUUUUCUUUUUUUUUUUCUCGCACCCUUGGCCAUUUUUUUUUUCUGUGCUGGACGAAAGUUUAAAACAACUCUGAAAGAACUCCCAAGGUAGAAAAUACAAUGUAUUUGGAAACUAAA